GCCGCCGCCGCCGGAACGUGCCGCGGCUGCGCCGACGCGCCAGCGCCGGGCAGGGCGGCGGGCGCGUUCAGUCUGGCGGCGGCGGCCGUGCGCGGACAGACGUGCCCGGAGCGCCGCAGCCGCCAGCAUCCGAGACGCGCCGCGCCGCCGGGCCGCGCCCGCCCGCCCCCCGCCAUGGUGGCGUGGAUCAUCUCCAGGCUGGUGGUGGUUCUCAAAUGGACAGCGGCCUAGGCAAGUAGGACGGAGGAGGACAGACCCGAAUCUUGGGGUAGCCGCCCCGCGUCCCCUUGUCUGAUUCCUUGGGCGGGGCGUUUGAAGGAGAGAUAGAGACGGGCAUCUCCGGGAAUUCACGGGAAAUUUCCAAGUGACAGACUGACGGUGGCGAUGACACCUGCCAGGCCUUGCGGGAGAGCGCAGAGUCAUCUGGGGCUAAUAUUUGGCACCCUUUACCCUGCCUAUUCUUCCUACAAGGCUGUGAAAUCGAAGGACAUUAAAGAAUAUGUCAAAUGGAUGAUGUACUGGAUUAUAUUUGCACUUUUCACCACAGCAGAGACAUUCACCGACAUCUUCCUUUGUUGGUUUCCAUUCUAUUAUGAACUAAAAAUAGCAUUUGUAGCCUGGCUGCUGUCUCCCUACACAAAAGGCUCCAGCCUCCUCUAUAGGAAGUUUGUACAUCCCACGCUGUCCUCAAAAGAAAAGGAAAUCGAUGAUUGCCUGGUCCAAGCAAAAGACCGAAGUUAUGAUGCCCUCGUGCACUUUGGGAAGCGAGGCUUGAACGUGGCGGCCACGGCGGCGGUGAUGGCCGCUUCCAAGGGACAGGGUGCCUUAUCAGAGAGACUCCGGAGCUUCAGCAUGCAGGAUCUCUCCACCAUCAGGGGAGACGGCGCCCCUGCUCCCUCCGGCCCCCCGCCGCCGGGGCCCGGGCGGGCCAGCGGCAAACACGGCCAGCCUAAGAUGUCCAGGAGUGCUUCCGAGAGCGCUGGCAGCUCAGUGUGUACCUGCUGCUUCACCUGCAGGACCUGGAAAGUGGUUGAGGGGGAUGUGAAUGAGGGUGGUGUGAAGGCAUGGGAGCCUCACCAGGUCCAAAACCCAUUGGCGUUUUCCGAUGAUGAUGAGGAAGACCUGCUGGAUUUCAUGUACAAGUAUAAAGCGCCUCGAAGGACGGAGUUCCCCCUGGAGGGAUUUCACCUCCAGAAAGAGGACUGGAAAUUUGGUGAUGGAAAUUUGAAGCACGUACCAAGUAACACGAGGCUGGUUCCCAGGGAAGAGAUGGGGAGGUCUUUCUGCUGAGUCAUUUGGCACCGCCUAGAAUCCUUCGAUCUCGCUUCAGGAAGAAAAGUACCUCAUCCUCGGCCACUGAAACCACGUGAGUGAGAUGAGCCAACAGCACUGGAUCCACAGAAUGUUUCUUCUCUGCCUUAAAGAGCUAUUUAUUCACUAAUAACAUAGAAACCCGCAGGCUGGUGUGCUGAGCGUGCAGCCUCGGACACGGCCUUUCCUCUCUCCCCUGUUCCACUUAGAAGAGUUUCUCUUCCCCCCUCCUUUUCUUUCUUUUGCUGGGGAGAGGCUAAAGGGAAAGGUAGUGUGCCGGGGGUCAGCAGUUUUCCACAACUGGACCGGCGUACAGACAGCAGUGUUUUAGAAAUAGAAGAGAAUCGCCCCCACUGCUGGGAUGCACAUUUGUAAUUUCUUGGUCGCAUACUUCGUUUUUAGUCCUGUAUAUGCAAACAAGGCAAUUUGCUUUUUAACUUCUUUUUGUUCUUGGUACCAGUACUUUGGACUACAAUGUACAUAUUUAUGGCUUUUGGCUUAAGAUAGUGGACUUGCAAGGGCUGCCAGAGGUUCUGAUGUGGAAGAAAACUGCAAAAGCAGAAGUGUAAAAAAUUAUCUUGAUUCUAGAGGAUGUCUCAGAUGUGCUUACGGAGCUUCCAAAUACACCUCGAGUACAGCAUCCCUCUUCCUGCAGGGCGAUGGUCCAUAUCCUUCAGACAGUCAGUCAACGGACCAGAGUGAAGUUUUAGAAUGAAGAGAGGCAACACUUUAGUGACAGGUGUGAGUGUAACGAAGACAGGGGAACAGCCUAGAAUAAGAGAAAAGUCACAGGAAGCUUGUCUCUCCCAUGGAUCCAGGAUUAGGAGCUUCUGAAUCCUUACAGGGGGUUUAUCAUUGUCUUAGGCAGGAGCCUCGCCCUUGGUAAAACUUCUCUCGGGCGUGUAGACUUACAGAGCGGUUGUAAGGAAUCAUCUUGAGUGGUUCAAAAGUGCUUGACGAUGACUGUGUCUCCAUAAUAGGACCCAGUGCUGUGACUGAUUUCCCCAGGUAGAGGAGCCCACAGUGGGAGCUCGUUUCAGGAAACACUAAGCGAAAACCAACCCAUCCACCCAAACAAAAGCAACCCUACGAUCAUGCUUUGUUUCAGAUACGCGGUGAAGUACAUCUGAGACACCUGGGUAACAGUCCAAACGCUGGGUUCUAGAAAGGUUUCAGAGGUCGAGACCUUCAUGGAUGUGACUGGCUCCCCAGCUCACGGGCAGCUCUGGCUCAUGCCCUCUGUUCCUCUCCUGGCCUGUGCAGAAUGUGAACCAGAGAGAUGUCGCACGCUCAUGGGCACUCGUACUUCAUACAAGCCCGCAUCGCUUAGGAAGAGAACAAAUCACUGUCUGAGGGAACUCCCUGCUUAGACUGAGAAUUUUAUCUGAAAAGAAGAAUCUGGUUUAAAUAGCAUUUUGGUCUGAGGCAGCUGCUCUGGUAGAGCUGAGCCUAAAUGUAGGACUCAUAUACUUACGCUUAGAGUUGGUGUUUCCUUUCAGUGUGAUGCAUGCAGUGGUCACAACCCAGUUACUUAUAAUACUUCGAUUGUGUUUGUUCAUAGAUAGGCCCUGAACACUAGAGAGUGUUAUGUACCACAUAGAACCUACUGUCGAUCAGCUAUAAACAGGCCCAGUUAAAGACUGAGCUAUGCAAACACACAUCAGUCUUUGCUGGUGACACACUGGCUGGAUCUUAGCCACCUCCGAGAGGGUUUUACUUGAAGUUGCUUGUUACCAGAUGUGCAUAUUUAAAUCCCUUUUCCCCACAAUGCCUCUGAAGGUGACUUUGUAAUUUACAAAAGGAUUUACGAAAAUAAACCUAAAAGCAAAUUUGUGGUUCAGAGGGCAAACAGAGGCUGUCUGUUCAUUGUCUGUGCCCCACACCCACCAAUACCUAAACCCCCGAGGGAAGACAGAAAACCUGUUUUCUUCAAGCUCACUGAAUAGUUUCAGACAGAGGAAAAAUAUACGCUUUAAAAUGUAUUUACCUGUCAUUGGGAGUACCCAGAAUUAUCAGAAACAAAAGCAAAAAAAGCUUAACUCAUUAAGCAGCUUUUUAGCAAUUUUUUUUUUUGCCAAAGUAAUAAAUGCCUUUAGCAGCAGAGAUUAAAAUCCUAUUGUGAACAAGCUAUAUUUUCACCAUUUUACAAUGGAGAGUUUUAACAUACGGGCUAUGAAGUUUGCACUCAACUAUGCCAAAAACAAGUUUGAAGCACUCUACUCUCAGACAUGCUGUAUUAGUUCUCAUUUAAGAUUUAAAAAAUAUAAAGGUAUCCAAACUGCUGUCUUAAUGUAACUAUUUUUCCUUCAAGUGUUGGUUAGGGAGUUGGAUUCUCUCUUAAAAACACCCACUGUACAACUGAGAGCAGCUGUCAUAUUUCUGGCAAAACAUGUUUACUUAUCCAACAAGCUGUGUAUUUGUGUGGACUGACGUAAAAUGUGAAUGCCUCAAAGUGUACAAGUAGUGAUGUGGAGUUCUGUCUAGAGGAUAAAACUGAAUGUUUUUAAUUGGCUGAUUUACAGACACAGGCUGUUUACAAAAUGCUAGCUGGAAAGUCUGUACUUUUCAUGUAGUAAUUUUCGGUUCUUUGCUAUUGAGCACCUGUUCUGUUUCUGAGAAGAUGAGACGUGGUAUUGUACUUAUAAACUGGAGAGUUAGGCAUAAUCCCUCCUGGCUUUAUGUGAAUAGCUUGCUCACUUCGCUGGCCUCUGAAAUGUAUGUUCUCUGUAGUAUACUGUCCAUGUGUCUGUGAUAACAGUGCUUGUCAACCACGACCACCACCGAGUACCUUCCUAGUUGUUCACCUUGCACAGUAUUGGAAAUGGUAAAGGAUGUGUGUUUCAUUCACAAACGGCACACACUCAGAGAGCUGGCAUUCUGGACGGUGACUGUGUACACUUGCCCUUGGUUUACUUCUGUAAUCCCCAUAGAAUGAUCUGUAAUCAAAUAGUAUACUGAACUGUGCAUCAAAGGGAUGUAAAGUUACAGUACUCCAAAGGUUGAAGUUCUGCUGUUUUGUUAUAAUGCCUGAUAUAUAUCUUGAAUAAAGUCUUAACCUUUUUCUUUUAAAAGA